AUAUAUAUAUAUAUAUAUAUAUAUAUAUAUUAUAUGUAUAAUAUUAUAUGUAUAAUUAAUACGUAUACUUAUCCGAUCGAUAAUCCGAUUUUCGCCGAAAUAGUGUCGAAAUGUUCGAUUUUAAAUCGUGAAAUUUUCUAGCGAUCGAAAUAUGGGUUUUGCCGUAACGAGAUGUUACAAAUUGUUAUCUCGCUAUGGUGUAACUCACAAGGUGUCUGUGGCCAGGCCGAGCUGACGAACCGGGAGCUCAAGCGGAUCUUGGAGAAGACGGUGAUCCUAUCCCGCAAGGAUUGGUCCACCAAGCUCGAUGAUGCUCUGUGGGCAUAUCGCACUGCCUACAAGACGCCCAUUGGUAACUCACCGUACCGGCUUGUCUAUGGAAAGGCAUGCCAUCUGCCUGUGGAGCUAGAGCACAAGGCCUUCUGGGCCCUUAAGCUGCUAAACUUGGAUGUUAGUGUUGCAGGUGAUGAGCGAAAAAUGCAGAUGUUGGAGCUGGAAGAGUGGCGUUAUCACGCCUAUGAGAACACCAAGAUGUACAAGGAGCGCACGAAGCGCCUCAACGAUGCACGGUUGCGGGGUCCGAAAGAGUUCCAGGUUGGUGAUCGAGUUCUCCUUUAUAACUCUCGCCUGAAACUCUUUCCCGGAAAACUCCAUUCCCGGUGGUCUGGACCGUACACGGUCACACAGGUGUUCCCGUAUGGCACGAUUGAGAUUGCUAGCCCGCAAACUGAGCCGUUUAAAGUGAAUGGCCAUCGUCUCAAGCUCUACCUGGGAGACGAGGUCGAACGUGCGGAGUUAGCAGUGGAGCUCGCGGACCCUUAGUUCCGCAAUUGGCGUCCAGCUAAAAGACAGUAAAGAAGCGCUUGUGGG